AUGGAGAUACCGAAGGGAAAGGGGGCAGCAGCAGCUGCUGCUUCGGGAGCAGCGGGAGGUGGAGGAGGAGCGGGAGCAGGAGCCCCAGGAGGGGGGAGGCUGCUACUUUCAACCAGUUUGGAUGCCAAGGAUGAGUUAGAGGAGAGGUUAGAAAGAUGUAUGAGCAUUGUGACAUCGAUGACUGCUGGUGUCUCAGAGAGGGAGGCCAACGAUGCCCUCAACGCCCACGUGUGCAAAGGCCCCCCCCAGCAUGAGGAAAUCUGCCUAGGCCUCUUCACCCUUGUCCUCACCGAACCUGCCCAAGCUCAGAAGUGUUACCGGGACUUGGCUCUGGUGAGUCGCGACGGCAUGAAUAUUGUCCUGAACAAGAUCAACCAGAUACUUAUGGAGAAGUACCUGAAGCUGCAGGAUACCUGCCGUACUCAGUUGGUGUGGUUGGUGCGGGAACUAGUGAAGAGUGCAGUUCUGGGAGCUGACGGUGUGUGCAUGACGUUCAUGAAGCAGAUUGCUGGUGGAGAUGUUACUGCAAAAAAUAUCUGGUUGGCAGAGAGUGUCCUGGAUAUCCUGACAGAGCAGAGGGAAUGGGUGUUGAAGAGCAGCAUCCUCAUCGCCAUGGCUGUUUACACGUACCUCCGCCUCAUCGUCGACCACCACGGAACUGCCCAGCUCCAGGCCCUGCGGCAGAAGGAGGUGGACUUUUGCAUGUCGCUGCUUCGCGAACGGUUCAUGGAAUGUUUGAUGAUUGGCCGGGACCUCGUACGACUACUUCAGAAUGUUGCCAGGAUACCAGAAUUUGAACUGCUUUGGAAAGAUAUUAUCCAUAACCCUCAGGCCUUAAGUCCUCAGUUCACAGGUAUCCUGCAGCUUCUUCAGUCCAGAACAUCCCGAAAAUUCCUGGCAUGUCGUCUAACCCCAGAUAUGGAGACUAAGCUCCUCUUCAUGACCUCCCGGGUGCGGUUUGGGCAGCAGAAGCGCUACCAGGAUUGGUUCCAGCGCCAGUACCUGUCAACCCCAGACAGUCAGUCUCUGCGCUGUGACCUCAUUCGCUACAUCUGUGGGGUCGUCCACCCUUCUAACGAAGUGCUGAGUUCAGAUAUCUUGCCCCGAUGGGCCAUCAUCGGCUGGCUCCUGACAACGUGCACGUCAAAUGUCGCUGCCUCCAAUGCCAAGCUGGCUUUGUUUUACGACUGGCUGUUCUUUAGCCCAGACAAGGAUAGCAUUAUGAACAUAGAACCAGCCAUCCUGGUCAUGCACCACUCCAUGAAGCCACACCCAGCCAUUACUGCCACACUCCUGGACUUCAUGUGCCGUAUCAUUCCCAACUUCUAUCCACCUUUGGAGGGCCACGUGCGACAGGGUGUCUUCUCCUCCCUCAACCACAUUGUGGAGAAACGGGUCUUGGCGCAUCUGGCUCCCCUGUUCGACAACCCCAAGUUGGAUAAGGAGCUGCGGGCAAUGCUGAGGGAGAAGUUCCCUGAGUUCUGCAGCUCACCCAGCCCUCCUGUGGAAGUCAAACUUGAGGAGCCGGUUUCCGUGGAAAUGGACAACCACAUGUCAGACAAGGAUGAGGGUUGCUACGACAACGCGGAGGCAGCCUUCAGUGACGACGAGGAGGACCUCAGCAGCAGAGGAAAGAAGAGGGAGUUCCGCUUCCAUCCUAUCAAGGAGACUGUCGUGGAGGAGCCGGUGGAUAUCACCCCGUAUCUUGACCAACUGGAUGAGUCCUUAAGGGACAAAGUGCUCCAGCUCCAGAAGGGGAGGAACCUGUGCCAGAUGCAGGAGGACAACAGCAGCUUCUCUCUGCUUCUGGACCUCCUGUCCGAGCUGUAUCAGAAACAGCCCAAGAUUGGCUAUCACCUGCUGUACUACCUGAGGGCCAGCAAAGCCGCUGCUGGGAAGAUGAACCUGUAUGAGUCCUUUGCCCAGGCCACCCAGCUGGGCGACCUGCACACCUGCCUGAUGAUGGACAUGAAGGCCUGUCAGGAGGACGACGUGCGGCUGCUGUGCCACCUCACGCCCUCCAUCUACACAGAGUUUCCAGAUGAGACCUUGCGGAGCGGCGAGCUGCUGAACAUGAUCGUGGCUGUUAUUGACUCUGCACAGCUCCAGGAGCUGGUCUGCCAUGUGAUGAUGGGGAACCUGGUUAUGUUUCGAAAGGACUCAGUCCUCAAUAUUCUCAUCCAGAGCCUGGACUGGGAGACCUUUGAGCAGUACUGUGCCUGGCAGCUCUUCCUGGCCCACAACAUCCCCCUGGAGACCAUAAUCCCCAUCCUGCAGCACCUCAAAUACAAAGAGCACCCAGAGGCCCUGUCUUGCCUGUUGCUUCAGCUCCGAAGAGAGAAGUGA